GAAAAUGUGUAGAACAUGCCACAAUAAGAAGAUAAGAUCUACCACCAGAUGGACGUCUUCACACAAAUACAUGACUCUUAAGUGACCUGUUCAUUUCAAGUGCCACAAUGAAGACCUGGGUCGUGUUUGCUUGCUUUAUAUGGGUUUCCCUUGCGCAGAUUUUUGAAAGACAUCUUAAAUAUGGAGACUAUAUAGAGCUCCGGCCCUACAACGUGACAGCUGCAAACCUGUUUUACAGUUCCGACAUUGAUGGAAACGGACAAUUUGAACGAGACGAACUCAACGGCGUCUUCGAGAUUUAUGACGUCAACCACGAUAACCGCGUCGCCCGCCAUGAGUAUCUUCACCUGAUAUCCCCGCCGCUCUACAACUUUGCUGUAAUAUUGUUUGAAGACUACGACUGCUUCGCGCCACCUGACGGUUUCAUUGAUGACCGCGACUUCGACGAGUAUUACAUAAGAAUGGACGGAAAUAAAGACGGGAUGGUGGAUCGAAACGAGUUUGUAGAUCACUGGAUACACGUCCUGGAGAAGAACGAGGACAUUCACAGACCGUCUGCAGCGCCAGUUACACCAUGAGGCGUACAGACCGCCUCAUAAAUACCCACAUGUAAAUAAAGUCAUCAACUUACA